AUGGAGCAAAUUCAAAUAUGCAAGAAAGCUCUAAAAGCAUCAGUUGUUGAAGAAGCUGUUUGUGAUAAUUGUCCCAUAGAAAUUACCAAUAAUAUAUUAAACGAAGAAUUUUGGACGAAAAAUUUAAAAUUUUUAGCUAUACUCCAACCUUUAGCUACCUCAUUGUUGAAAGUGCAAGGGGAUAAAUGUACUUUGGCCCAAGUAAAAAACGAGAUGCUUAAUUUGGAAAAACACAUAAUACAAUCAUGCCAUGAUUCUAUAUUUUCUCCAUCUCAAGAAAAAAAAAUUAAGGUUAUGUUUGAAAAGAGAAAAACUGAUAUAAAUACAUGUGCUCACAAUGCUGCUUAUUUAUUGGACCCCCAAUAUCAAGGGGAGCAUCUUACUAAUACUGAAUUUGAUGAAGCAUGUAAUAUAAUACAAGAAUUGGGUAUUUUACAAGGUGGUGAUAAUCAAAAUAUUUUGAGUAAUAUAGUAAAUUUCAGAAGCAAAAGCGGUAUAUUUAAUAGCCAUAAUAUGUGGAAAGUUGUAACUUCCAUAAGAAACAAUCAAAUUUCGGCCUCAAGUUGGUGGAAUGCAUUUUGCCCACCUUGCCCAUUAAGAGAAGUCGCUAAUAUUUUACUAACAUUUCCUAGUUCGACUUCUUCUUCUGAAAGAAAUUGGUCGGUUUGGGGCAAUAUUCACACGAAAAACAGAAAUAGAUUAAAGGCUUCUACAGCAGGAAAAUUAGUAAGAGUGUAUCAUAAUUUAAGAUUGAUUAAAAAUAUUAAAGAAAAUAAUGAUAUUGAAUAUGAAUCGGAACAAGACUCUGCCACGGAGGGUGAAACAUUGACUAUAGAAUGA